UAUAGCCACCAACCAAUAAUAAUAAACGGUAGAUGGCAUAGUGCGUGCGUUAUCAAUUAAUGGCGAUGGCGAUGGCGAUGGCGAUGAUCAAAAUCCCCUGUUCUUCUUUUUCAUGGCCUUGGCAGCAGAACAGCAAGCUUCCUAAGGUGAAAUUGUUGGGGGGAGGAAGCGUGAGUGUAUCUAGAAUGGGAUUUGGAACGUGGGCGUGGGGGAAUCAACUUGUGUGGGGGUACCAGCCAUCCAUGGACGCUGAGCUCCAGCUCUUAUUUAACCUGGCUCUUGAUAAUGGCAUCAACCUCUUCGACACUGCCGAUUCUUAUGGCACUGGCAUUCUCAAUGCCCAGAGCGAGAAGCUCCUUGGAACUUUCAUUACCCAAUUUCAAGGACCACCCCAAAUUCGCGAUAACGUUGUCAUUGCCACAAAGUUUGCUGCAUACCCCUGGCGCCUCACUCCCAACCAAUAUGUUAACGCUUGCAGGUCGUCUUUGGAUAGAUUGCAAAUCGACCAAAUUGGUAUAGCACAACUACAUUGGUCCACUGCUAACUAUGCUCCUUUUCAAGACCGGGCUCUUUGGGAUGGUUUAGUCGCUAUGUAUGACAAGGGUUUAGUUCGAGCAGUUGGGGUGAGCAACUAUGGGCCAAAGCAGCUACUCAAGAUACAUGAUUACCUUAAGGAACGAGGAGUGCCUUUAUCUACAGCUCAGGUCCAAUUUUCAUUGUUGAGCAUGGGUGAAGAUCAAGUGGAGAUCAAGAAUAUAUGUGAUUCACUGGGAAUCCGUGUGAUAUCUUACAGUCCGUUGGGUCUUGGCAUGCUUACUGGAAAGUACUCACCUUCUAAUCUUCCACGUGGACCAAGGAGUUUGCUGUUCAGACAGAUUAUUUCAGGUAUAGAACCUUUGUUAAUCUCAUUAAAAGAAAUAGCACAAAAGAGGGGCAAAACCGUACCGCAGGUUGCGAUAAAUUGGUGCAUCUCUAAAGGUACUAUUCCAAUACCAGGAGUUAAGUCUGUUAAACAAGCCAAAGAGAAUCUGGGAGCUUUAGGUUGGAAGCUUGGGGCCAGUGAAAUGGAUCAAUUGGAGUACGCUGCACGUGAAUCCCCUGGCAAGAUGAUACAAAAUGUCUUCCAGACAAGAUAACCUUGAGGAAAUACGGUCCUAUGAAACUGGCGUGGUGACAUGUUUAGAUAUCCUAUUGAUACAUGAUAUUUACUUGUCUGAACAAGUCCGGUUUGAAUGAUAUACAAGUUAUAGCAGGGACUGAAAAUGUGUCAA